ACCUAAGGAGAGGGAGGAGGCAGCGGACACGGAAGAGACAAGAGGCGAAAGGUGGUGACUGCGCCAAAAAAAAAGGAGAUAUUGCCCCACGUUGGAACUGUAAGAGGGGUUUCGCUGGAAUUUGGAUCUCCCGUAGGUUUGCAAAAAGAUGUGACUGGAAUUGGCCUCCUGACACGCGGCACCGGGAAAAGGAGAGGGGAUAGGAGUUUGGAGUUUUGACCCACUUCCAAGUGGCCAAGCUUCGAGAUCCCCUCUUCCAGGGAGAGAUUUCUAUUAUUUCUGCUGCUUCCCUCCCCUGAGUAGAAUCUGAUCCUAUGGGAUUUCCCUGGAGCCUCAAGCAGCAGCUGUGAAUUGUGAGAGGGCGCCUGUGUUCAUUUGUAAAGAAUAUUUCUGGGAGACAUCUGACCCUGGGGCUUCCACAUCUCAGUUGCACCGUUACCAAGGUCAGAGAGCAUUGCCAACCGUACCGGUCUUUGUGAAGUUCUGGGAGGAGAGCUCAGGGACGCUGAGCCACUGAGACUUCGAGGAGUGGCUCAUUUCAUAACGCGAGUCUCAGGCAUGCUUGACUCCAACCAGAUGUGUCAGCAUGAGCUCCUCAGGGGAUCAGGUCCGGUCCAGCCUCUAGAAACUUGCUCAAUUCGUGAGUGCUAGAAUACCAGGUGUUGGUGGUAUUUGGAUGCCCAGGCAGCCAUGAAUGGUGAUGAGAAGGCACUCCCUGCUCCCCAAAGGACAUCCACUCUGACAAGAAGCAGCAGCAAUGCAUCAUCAAAACCCACCAGCACACGCCAGAACUCGGAGAACUGGGAGGUGAUGGAGGAGCCAUCGGGAAACAGACGUGCUUCCCUGGACCUUGAGAGGCAGGAAGGAUACCUGCUGAAGAAGAGGAAAUGGCCUUUGAAAGGCUGGCACAAGAGAUAUUUCAUCUUGGAAAAGGGGAUUCUCAAGUAUGCCAAGACUCAGCAAGAUAUUCUAAGAGGAAAGCUCCAUGGCUCAAUCAACAUCGGCCUCUCCGUAAUGUCCAUCAACAAGAAAUCCAAACGCAUUGACUUAGACGCAGAAGAGAACCUCUAUCAUCUGAAGGUGAAAUCUCAGGAAGUGUUCAGCGCCUGGGUGUCUAAGCUCUGCUACCAUCGACUGUUCCAGAAAGGUGACCCUGUUAAAGUUCCAUAUGGAGCAAAUGGAUAUAACUUUUCCAUCUCUCCAACAGCAGAAUUCCUGUCGGCCAGUACCAUAUUACCUCUGUGCAGCAAGGCGCAAAAGAGUGACUCCUUCAGUGGCGACAUCUUUAAAGGAAAUGGUCACCUUCCUGCGGUGCCUGCGAGUGGACAGGCAGUGCCGGCAUCAUGGUUGCAGCAGUCUGAGGAAUGGGACCAGUGUGCUAAAGAUCUCAGUCAGUGUCAGUCGAACCUGGGAGAGCUCAAUAAACUCCUGCAGAAGCUGGAGGUAGUGGACAGAGUUCACUCAGCACCUAUCAUUGGUGAUGUUCAGGGUUUCCUUGCUGACAAACCAAAAAAGGAAAAACGCUCCUCUAAGAUAUGGUGCACCCAAAGCUUCGCAAAGGAUGAGACCAAGGCUUCCUCCGAUGUCAUGCGUUCUGCAAAGCUGCAUGUUUCCACGCCCAGUUUGCCAGACUGUCUGGACUUGAAAAGUGUCUCCGUCCCCCUUACCAUAAAAGAAGAUUACUUGCAGCUGCAGCAGGAUUUCUGUUGUGUAUCACAGAAAGUCCACUCGAGUUUGAAGUCCCUCUUCAACACCCUCGCAAUUGAGAAGGAGAAACUAAAGCAACUGUGGCUCGAUAAAGAACUGGAUCCCACUGCACCAGCCAUUCAGAUUACUAACCUAAAGAACGCCUUAUCUGAGGUCAUGUCUCAGAAUGCUGAUCUCCGGAAUCGUCUGCACAGAAUCCAGCGUCUGUCCAGUUUUACAGACGUAGUGACUGAUCCACUGUCUCCUGUCAAAGCUGAAGAGGUGGCAUGUAACCGGCCGCUGACCCAUCAGCUGUCUUUGGACAGCAAUGCAUCACUGUCUGAGUCACACGUUGAGUUCUUCGAUGCUGAAGAUGUCUUGCUGUCAGCAUGCUCUUCUGACAAUGAGAUGUCAGAUGAUGAUGAUUCCACCACCAGUGAAAUUACUAACAGUAACUCUGAGGAGAAUCUAGACACUGUGGAUGCAUCCAUUCAGGAACUGACAGAAGACCCUCCGAGCUGCAGUUCUGUGGAUGGGACUCAACGAAGGAAAUCUCUCCCAGCUCCGGGCCCAAACCUGAGCAACGUCAGCCUGUGGAACAUCCUGAGGAACAACAUUGGAAAGGACCUGUCUAAGGUCUCUAUGCCGGUUCAGCUGAAUGAACCACUGAACACACUGCAGCGACUCUGUGAGGAGCUGGAAUUCAGUGAACUUUUGGACACAGCAAACAGGACCUCUGAUCCCUUUGAGCGCAUGAUUUACAUCGCUGCCUUUGCUGUGUCAGGCUAUGCGUCAGCUUAUUACAGAGCCAGGAGCAAGCCAUUCAACCCUGUCCUUGGUGAAACAUACGAAUGUAUAAGAGAAGAUAAGGGUUUCCAGUUUAUUGGAGAACAGGUUAGCCAUCAUCCUCCUGUCUCCGUCUGUCACGCUGAAUCAGAGAACUUCCUCUUUUGGCAAGAUGUGAGAUGGAAGAAUAAAUUUUGGGGGAAGUCCCUUGAGAUUGUGCCUGUUGGAAUGGUGAAUGUGAGUUUGCCAAAGUUUGGUGAUCACUAUCAGUGGAAUAAGAUCACCUCAUGCAUCCACAACAUCCUGAGUGGGCAGCGAUGGAUAGAACAUUACGGGGAAGUGACUAUCACAAACCUAAAGAGCAGCAUUUGUCACUGCAGGUUGACAUUUUGUAAGACCAAAUACUGGAGUUCGAAUGUGAAUGAGGUUCAGGGCUCAGUGAUGGAUCAGAGCGGAAGGGUCAUCCAUCAACUGUUUGGCAAAUGGCAUGAGGGGAUUUACUGUGGCGGGCCACAGUCCGCUAAAUGCAUUUGGAAACCAAAUCCUGUACCUAAAGAUCAUGAAAGUUAUUAUGGUUUCACCACAUUUGCGCGAGAGCUUAAUGAAUUGACUCCUGACCUUAAACGUGUCAUUCCCUUGACUGACACACGCCUGCGGCCUGACCAGAGGUACCUGGAGGAAGGGAAUACUGAGGCAGCAGAAGUUCAUAAACAAAGGAUUGAGCAGCUCCAGAGAGACAGGAAGAGGAUUAUGGAAGAGAACAACAUGGUCUACUUGUCACGCUUCUUUACGAAAACCAUUGAUAGCAGUGGGAAGGAAUCCUGGAUAAGCAACGGAACUUACUGGGAACUGAGGAAAGAUCCUGGAUUCUCAAAGGUGGACAACCCAGUGCUGUGGUGAGAACACGGUUACAGGCUGUACACCGAAGGCCUUUGCACCUCUUCGUACUUCUGCCCAAUCCCCAGACCCUGCUUCUCUGAAAUACCUCUCAGUAGGUGCCUUAAGUUUUGUAUAAGAGAGCACAACUGACCAGCACACAACUGUCUAAGGCAAAGAACCGUGUGCCAAGUGCAUAAAAACAUCCUCUCUCCACUCUAAAGCAAAUUAAAUGGGCAAGGGAGGCGUGUCUCUAGUUAUCUCAAAAAGUGCAUUAUUUAGAAAUACACUGUAAGGUUGCUGCACUUGCUACAUGUAACACCUGUCUUAGUUGUGACAGUGUGCACAUCUGUUCUUGUCUAUACUCCACUGACACCUUUCUCUUUGAAAGCUCCACACUCCAUGCCCUGUGUAAAAUAACCUGAUGUUUUACUAAACUCUUUGAUUUAUGACUGAUAUUAGUUUAUAAGAAAAAUUCAAAAGUUAUUUUUUUAAAAUGUAUAUUUAUUGCUGGUUCUGGAAGAGAAGUUUUCAUUUUACAAUUUGCUUCACUGCUUUUGAAGGUCUGUCUGAUUGCCUGAUGCCUUUCAUACCCUUGAGUCGGCAUCCACUCUUUUUGUUGGGUUAAAGUUUGAUCUGAUACAUAGGAGCAGCUUUUUGUCAUAAUGGGGACGAAUCCUUAAUGUAUCCUCCCCAGUCUGUGCAAACUUCUCUUGGAACUGACAAUACAACUGGAUAUUUGGCAAUGGCAUUGCAACCUCUUCCAAUCCUCCCUCACUCCAGAAGACUGACUGACGAUUUGUGCGAGAUUGAAGUGGUGUACUGUACAGUCCACAAAGUGAGCAUUCAGCACUUUAAGUAUUUGUAACACUGAUUGAGAAGGUCACUUUUUAUUUUCUGAAGAAGUUAUUCAUUUGCAGGAAUAAAGACUGGAGAGGUCUUGACAAUGUGGAAACUGCCCAGACUGCACCAGGCAGAAAGCAAGCGUUACAUCUUGCACUGCGGUUUGUACAUCUCUGCAGAUUUCCUGGGAGCAACGAAAAUUAGAAUAGCUGCAGAAAUACUGGGUGCAGCACUGGUAUGCACUAUAAAAUGGCACUUAUUAAAGAAAUGAUUAUUUGUGCUUUUUUUUCAAAAGAUUAUUUGGAUCUUUUGAAAUACCAGCGCAGAAAACUUGGUUUUAAAUUUUCUUAAAAGCCCGAAUAAGCAAUGAGAAGUGACCUUUCAAAAAGGCACCUGACCUCUUUAUUGAAAAACAAACCGUUGCACCAACAAUUUACAUUUGUACAUCAUUCUUUGUAGACAGAGAAAUGUCUUGGAGCACAUUACAGGGCAAUUCAUAAUAGGUGGAUACUGAGCAAGAGAUGAAGGCUGAGAAGGAAUGAAAUGACAAAGGAGGAUUCUUUACAAGAAGGUUAUGGAAGCAGGAGUUCCGUUGUGCAAUAAUUCAUGACAGACUCCAGAGGGCAGCACCAUUAUAUAUUAACUCUGUAGAGAUUGAACAACAGUGCAAGAGAUUAGGUGACACAUCAACAUCAAGAGAUCAAGGAUUAAAUUACUGCUAGGAUGUUCUGACUGGAUGGCAUCUCUGUGCCAACCUUAGGAAUGUGUUUAGCACACAAUAGGUUUGGGUCACCUGGGAGAACUUCCUCAGGAUGCACCAGCAAAGCACGAGAAAAGCUACAGAUGUAAUUUCAAGUCGGUAAUAGUCCAUAAUAUCCUGUCAGCCACUCUUCAGGAUAGAGUCAGCACCAAGGGUGAGGGGAAAGGGAGCAGAAUUAAAAUGAAGUGUGUCUGGAGGUGUGCAUGGUGCUACUUCAUCUUGUUCCUGCAUUGAGGUCCAGCUUUUCUCACUCAAACCUGUGAAAUUGUUGGCACCAGUUUCAUCCCCUGCUCUUCUGUGCCAGCCCUGCUCUCUGUCCUUCUUGCAUAGCAGCAACUUGCUUGUUUUCAGAAUAACCAUGUUGAAAAAUAUCAUUUCUGAGCUAUACAGAUGAAUGGAACUCACAGCAGCCUCCAUCCUUGCAAUCAAAAGUAGCUGCACAGCCAGAACUCGUGCUGCCUGAGAUUUUCAGUAUUAGUUAUGUUUUUGCCUCCUGACAAAGGGAAUGGAACCCCCUUAUAUAGUGAUUCUAUCUCGUGUCAGCAUGUCUAAUGUCUCCUGCCUAAGUCGGCGUAUAUCCCAUUACGUUAAAUUAUAGCACUGCUUCUAGAGACCUGUAAAUGAGUAUAUUACAGUGUAGACAAUAUGCUGGCACUUGCUAAAUCGUUGCUAUGUUAUAUUGUGGAGCCAUGUGGAGUUUUGUAACAUUCUGCUGUGACUCCCAGUGAUCAGGAAUUCCUCCACCCUGUCUCAUUAAACGGUGGAAUUCAGUGCACCAGUGGUAACAACCAUCCAGACACAAACAUGUUUAUAUGUGGAUAUUGAAGACACUUAUGCACAGCUAAAAUCUUCAGGCCCUUAUGCUGGGGAAGGCUGUGGGCCAGCAGAGAGGCACUGUCAACAGGCCACCAGCAUGUACAGCCUGCACAGGAUGUAAACAUUGGCACUACACAUGAGGCCCUUGUUGACGUUUAGUGGACCCGCGUGACGAAACAUCCCAUGUGUUGUCACUGUCUCUGAUUAUAUCUGGAUAUGAGGUGAGGUCAGCAUGGAGCUCAUCUGCUGUUUAGAGUGGCAAAACUCCCUGUUGAGUUUUUCUUAUCCAUGUAGGUCAAGGCAGUCAUAGUGAGAGAGUGGGACGAAUAGUUCUUAAACAGACUCUGUGAAAUUGACUGUUCUAAAACACACGCUUGUAUGUUACACCAAGGUCUUACACUGGGAAGCAUUUCAGUCAUGUAUCAAGUAUGAACGUUUGCAAUGAAAUAUUAAAUCCUUACAAGAUAUUAAUUUCCUGCUUAACUGCUGAAAGCUAGUGAUCAUAUCUAUAAUCGUUUAGAGAGCAGUAAGAAGUUUGUUUUAUAACGUUAGCAUUUUGGUUUUUAUGAGGGCAUUUCUCUGGUCUUUAAACAGCAUCUAAUCAUUUGUGUUUAAUUUUGGCACAUUAAAAAAAACCCUCAGUUAAUAUAUACUAAUUUGAGUGACUUGAAUAUGUUUUAAUCAUUCCUACAUAAUCUUGAAUGGUUUGUUGGAAAAAGAAAAGCUACCCCUUAGCCAGGGCAAGUGAAAUGGGCUAGAAUUAUCUUCAGUAUUCCUAGGUUUGGAUGGGGGUGUGGGGCUAGCCAGGUAUCCUGCUUUGGAAUGCUCUCCAGUGCUUCCUCCCAGACACCAUGCAAAGUGUUUGUUCCAUUCCGUUCUAAUGCCACCUCGUGGUUAAAAUAUUCUGCUGAUGCUCACUGACUAAGGCUUACAUGUGAAUAAUGUCCUCAUGGGUGGGGUUAACAGGCAUGUUGAAGCCUGCAGAAUCCUACCCCGGUGUGAAUAAACGAUGGGAUGAGGAGGAGUUUGGCAAUGGUAUGUUGGUAAGUUCUCUGUUUAAAUGUGAUCUCAUCAGAUCAUUGCAGUGAAUAAUCCCAGAUAUCGCAUUCCAAAAUUUUAAAAAGGAAGCAGUCUUUUCCUCCUCAUUUCAUCAGCGCUCACUGCUCGCUGGUCGACCCUGAGCAUUGUAAAGAAGGAUAAAGAAAAUUGAUUUUGCUGCAUGCUUACUGCUUUUCUAUCGAGUCAGGAGCCAAAAAGAGAAGAAAAACCAAGGCGUUGGGUGAGACCUUUCCAUAAGUGAGGAGCUGUGGAGAAGGUUGGCGUGCUUUUCACUCUUGCUACUUUCAGGGCAACCCUGAUAGUGAAAAGAGGACAAUAGAAAACAGGAUUAAAAUUAAAUGUUUGUGAAGGUUCCUUACACUUGCGCAGAUGGUCUGUCCCUAUCAUAGGUACUUUAAUGUCUGGUCUGAACAUCUUGGAUGUAAUUUUGAAACUGUUAUUGGGGUGUGGAAAUUUUCAUCACAAAGUUUUAUCAUUUGUUGGCCUGAUUACUGUCUGAUCGUACUAAUGCUGUAUAAAGCUGGUAUUUAUACCCAUAAAGUGGGAUGAUGAUGUCUGCGGGCAGACAAUAGACAGCCCUAUCAGAACAUGUGAUCUUACGCUUGUUGUUAUUUACUGAGGUUCGAUGAUUUGUCUGCUCGUCAAUUAUUCUUGACGUAAUUCCUGGAAUCCACUUUCCUAAUCACUUCACUUCUGUAAUAUUUUAUGAGGCACAAACCCUUUUGUAAAGCAGAGCAAGAUUUGUCAAAAGUACCAAAAUCAAAUCUGUGCAACAUAUGACCUGAGAUAUCGAACCAAAAGCAACAUGAAUUUAGGGCCUGCAAAAUUAAAGAGGGAUAUAAGGAAAACCCUCAACAUUGGUGAAAUGGCAAACAUUUAAUUUUUUUCUCCUCGAAUAUCUGCCAGUUUUCAUAAUGUUCUGCCCAUUCAAGAUUAACUUUCAGCCUGGGAAUGGGGUAAUUUAGAUCAUUCACCAAGUUUGAACACAGGAAAUCCAUUUCAUUUCAUCCUUACAAGAAUACCAAGUAUAUCAGCUACCUUCAAUCAUUUUACCAAUCGCCUGAAUCCAGCUGGUAACCACCCUCAGUGUAAAAAAAAAUUUCCUAAUCCUGCCCCCCCCUCUCUGCUUUUAGAUGUGCUGUUGCCCUACAAGUAUUGAUCUGGGUUUGCUUUCUCUUGCUCAAGAAGUUUCAUGAUGUAAAUGUCUUGGGUGAAAUGGUGUGAAACUGACAAAACCAAAUUGGCAGUGGGUUUACACUCCAGCCAAAUCCACCAUCCCCCUCCCCCCACCAACCGCCAAUUGACUUUGGUUGCAACCACUGAGGUUCUUUAAUAGCUUGACAAGCCUUGAAUGUCUUCAGUGGGUUAAAGAUGGUUCUUGCUAAACUCACUUGCUCCGCUAUUGCUCAUGAAUCGCAAAGCAAUGCAAAUCCUGGUUACUAAUGAGGCCAGCAGUGGGUCAGCUGGGACUGAGACUUCUGACCAUGUCGUUGGUUAUGGCUGACCACAGAGCCGUUUAAAGUGAAGCUACACAUGCUACCAAAGAAGGAACAAUAUACUGUGAUGUCUAAACUUUAGGCUCCUUUUUAAUAUCCUGGUCAAAGCUGAUGCCUUUUUUUCAAAAAAAAGAAAUCCUGCUUUCAAAGUCUACUUUUACAGCAAAAAGCACCAGGAGUGUUUUUAAUCCUACUCUAGGUACCCUUCUCCGCUAACCGGAUUAGUAAUCUACCCCUGCCCUACCAACACCACCAUUUUACCUCUCCACCCAGAACUUGUAUGUUAUAAUUGAGGGAGGGGAAGGUAUACAUUUGACAGGUUCUUCAGUUGUGAGAAAUCAUAUGUGAAGCGGAUUUGAUUUUGGACACUUUGCAAUACUACCCUUGAGAGGAUAAUGUCUCUAAAUGGAAGCCUUUCAGUGACUUGUUUCUGUGCCUUGCUCACUACAGUUGUUAGAAACCAGUUCAAUGCCAGAGUCAGUGAUUUUCUGUGAUAGCGCAAUAGCCUAUGAUAUGAAAUGAUCCAUUAGUACAGCACACUGAUAAACUGCGUGCCAUUUGCACUGUUGCAGCCUGCCCAGUUUGCAUUUGGAGGAGUGAAAUGAAUAGCUACACACACAGCUUCCAGAGAUCUUUCUGAGCAUGGCCACUGACCCUUGCCAUAGCCCUCAGUGACAGCCAGGUAAAGCUCCAGGAUAUCUGUCUAACCUUGCAAUCUACAUUUAUCAAGGAAAAAACAUUACAUUUCACAGAUGACCCUAUCUAUGGCCCCAGCAACAUAACAUAAUUCCAUCGAAUACCCAUCCAUGUUACCACAUAGUCAUACAUCACUUUUAAUAAAAGAAUCAGGAUAUCAAACCAUGCCUCGGUCCUGAUGGGGGGCAAGUCUCUUUUUAUCCCUUUAACCUCACUGGAAAUGAGACUUACCAAUGUUACCCUGCAACUAGAUUUAGCGAUCAAGGUUACAAGAAAGAGUGAAUUUUGUACGAUUAUUCCUUUAGGGGGCCUCAUUCUAAGGGAGAGUGGACUGGAGAAAGGAACUCAGAGGUCAGUCUGAUUCAAGGGGCUCAUCGUUUUCUAGUGAUUAGAUUCAAAUCAGGUUUCUCAUUGCGGAAGCAGUGUUUGUCAGCAUUUUGUUAUUUUUAUAACAUACAAGAAAAUAUUAAAUGUAAAAAGGUUAUUUAACCCUUCGAACCCAUUUCUCCUGCAGGCGCUACAAUCCCAAACUGUAUCCCAAGUUAUUUAAUACCAUGAAGAGCAAAUUCUGCUGAGUCAGUCACUACUUUCCCUGUGGUAAAAUCAAAUCUUCAGCGUAUCCAUCUAACUGUACCCGCAUUUAGCUGGAAGGAACACACUCACCAUGUUCAGUCUUUCCCCUCGCCCUCCCACCACACUCCCACAUACAUCUCCUUUCCAAACGGGGAUCACUAAACGUGACUGUGAGGAGCAGCUCUGGAUCCUCCUCUUGGGGGCAAGUGCUUGGAUGCCACUUGUCUGCCGGCGCUGAGAAUGAAAACUCUUUAGUAAAUAUUGACUCCCAUGUCCCGCUGCUCCAUAGCUCUUUGUUUUCAGUUCUCCAGAACUCAUUUGUAUUUACGCCAGUGUAAAUCAGGUGCUCAUUUGCAGCAGCAAUAUAUGUUGUCAAUGAUUCCUCUUAAACAAAAAUCCAGUGCCCAUUUUUAAAACACAAGUGUAGAAUCACCAUUACAGUCUUGGGACUGGCGCUUCUGUUAAACUCAUCGCUUCACUAUGCCGAAAUUAAAGGAUGGGGUAACUGGACUGAUCCAGACAUGGAAACAACCAGUAAGGCUCAUUUUGAAAUGUUACAGCAAAGCUGGAGCUUCUGCAAAAGAUAGAUUGUUGAUUCAGUCUAAAUUAUGAAUUUUGGAAAAUCUUUCAAUAAUUUGGGCAAAUGAUGAUUAUGCAAGAACCAUUUGAAUAUUGCUUUAAUCAGGAGUUUUGCUUAUGCCUAAUUUCUAUUGAAACAAAAUGAAACCUCCAUUUGAGCACAAUCCAAUGAGAUGUUUAAUAUGUUAUUGAAACCUUGUACUUGGCACCUUCAAGAAAAAAGUUUAUUAAACACAUGGUUCUGUCUCAAAA